GCGUCGGGCACGUUGAGCUGUCAGCAGACCGAGGCUGGCUGGAUCCAGAUGGACUUCCCAGCCGACCCACCUUCACUGGAAGUAGCCAACCUCCCCAGCAGCGCACUGCUGGCGGCGGCUUUGGGUAUUCCAGAAAGCGCUAUCUUCGCACGCGGGCGCGGGCGCUUCGAUCUUUUGUGCGAGGUGGAGCCGAAGGCCUUUGAUCAGUUGAAGCCUGAUCAAGCCUCCUUGGCAGCCUUCGAGUGCCGUGGCGUUUGCGUCACAACCGCUGGAUGCACGGGCAGCUGCGAUGAGGAAAGAGCCGGAUGCAGCCGUGGGGUGACGAUAGAUUUCAGGUCGCGCUUCUUCGCCCCGCGCGCCGGGAUUCCAGAAGACCCCGUCACUGGCAGCGCUCAUUGCAUGCUGGCACCCUACUGGGUUCAGAAGCUCAGGGGCACGAAGGAUGACGGUGAGCUGGUCGGGUUUCAAGCCUCAGGCCGAGGAGGAGUGGUGAAGUGCUGCCUCAGAAUCGAAACGUGCUUCUCCAAGCACUUCGGGACGGAAGUGGACGACAUGUUGGCCGACUCGGUGAUGCUUCCCCAGCCAAACACGGCAGAGGGGGAUCGAGCUGUGCGCAGCGGGCCAGGUGCUGGUCGUGUGGGUCUUUCAGGCCCUGCCAUCACCACACUGGAAGGGCAAAUCUUUUGCUGA